GUCAGUGGGUUGGGAACUCUUCAUUCCAGAAAAAAACAUAAACCAAGACCAUCUUAGUAUUGUUUCUAAUCACUGUGUAGUGGUCAGUCUGAUGGAAAUUCCUAAUAUUUUCUUAUCUUAACAGACAUCUGUGGUAGUAAUACGCAAAAUGUUAAUAACCUGCAAAGAAAGCUGUCCCUCCUCAGUGUUUGCACUGCUUUGAUUUUGAAAAUAGGUUUUGCUAUAGUGUAAACUGCCCAGAACUACAUUCUUUGUGGAAUGGUUUUCGUGUAGAUUUCUGCUUCCCCUCUGUUCUUCCUGCAUGCACACAUAUGCAUACACUUGCAUAUUAGCCUGGUUUGGCUGAACUACUUGCUCUUGUGAUGACCUCUGAAUAUUUAGUCGCUUGAAUACCUUCCUGACAAUAUAAGUUUUAUAUAGAUAGAGAUUUCAGGGGAAUACAGUGCUCUCUGUAGUGCUGCUAUGUAAUAUAGAACAGGGAUCUGAAAUAACACAUGGUGCUUAGUAAAAAAGUAUGCAAUUUUCUUACUCUGAGGUAAUAAGACUUGCACAUCCAAAACAAAGACCAGCUAGCACCUUCCCCUGUGUUGAGUAGAUGAACACAGAGGAAGAACCAUCCACCUAGAAAUCUGCAGUGCAAACUGUCUUAUGAAGCAGCCAUAGAUACCAGGUAGCCACACUGACAGGAACGGAAGCAAAACAUAAAUGCCAAGAGCAAUGGGAAGCAUGCAGUUCAGUACUUCGGACACCCAGGGCUGCACAUCAAUAUUCAACCUGUCUACUAGAUUCGUGGAUCCACAGCAGUCUUCUGAACACUGGUGUAAGCCUACCAAUGGUUUCUCAUACAUGGGAAGCUUUUCCAAAACAGUAUGAUGAAUUGGUUCCUGCAUCCCUGACAACCAAGUAUGGAGGUUUUUAUAUCAACACUGGUACUCUGCAGUUCCGCCAGGCAUCUGACUCAGAGGAUGAAGACUUUGCAGAAGACAAAAAGCAUAGGCCACCUAAAAUAGCAAAGUUAAAAGAAAGUGAAGAUCGUGGAAUGAAGAAGCGCAAGAGGAAAGAUGAAGGGACAGAAAAGGAGAAGAAGCCUCGGAAAAUGAAAGUUCCUAAGCAGUUGGGAGUAAUGGCCUUAAAUUCACACAAGUCUGAAAAGAAGAAAAAGAAAUUGUAUAAAGACUCACUCUCUCUGGCUGCCAUGAUCCGUAAAUUUCAAAAGGAGAAGGAAGCCAUGAGGAAGAAGGAAUCUAGUCCAAAACCUCCAGUGACUGUUGCAACCUCUACCCCUAGUAAAAUUCCUUCCUCCUCUCUCAGUGCAGGAAAUGAUAUCUCUGACUUGAAUCUUAGGAUCAAUGAUCCUGUCCUCUCCAUUUUUGGUAGCACAAAUGAACGUGAGCUCCUCCAAGAAGCUGAAAGUGCCCUGGAGAUGCUGGGAGACAUUGACUUUGACAAGUUGCUUGAUGGCACUUCUGAUGGCAGCCCAGUAUCUGAGCUGUCAGGAGAAAAUGGAAAUGUCACUCAGGCAACCUACACCUCUCAGGUCAUGACACCCAAGCAGGUGCCUGCCCUCCCAGAAGGUCUGCCUAUGCUACUUGAAAAGCGCAUUGGAGACCUUCGAACAGCCGCCAAGAUGUUUGAUGAAGAAGGCAGGAAGAAGUUUUUCACACAAGACAUGAAUAAUAUUCUUCUGGAUAUUGAGCUACAGUUACAGGAGAUAAAUCCUGCCAUCCGCAAUGGAGUGUACUCUCACCUUGAGGCUUUUGUGCCAUGCAAUAAGGACACACUGAUAAAGCGUCUGAAGAAGUUACACCUCAAUGUCCAGGAUGACCGCUUGAGAGAACCACUGCAAAAGCUGAAACUGGCUGUCAGUAACGUCAUGCCUGAACAGUUAUGCAAGUACCAAGAGGACUGUCAGGCCCGCAAUCAAGCCAAGAAUGCCAAGUUGCAAGCGGAAGAUGAAAGAGAGAAAAAUGGAUCGGAGGAAGAUGAUGAUGAGAAACCUGGAAAGAGAGUUGUGGGACCCAGGAAGAAGUUUCAUUGGGAUGAUACAGUGAGGUCUCUGUUGUGUAACCUUGUCAAGAUCAAGCUGGGAUGCUAUGAGCUAGAGCCAAAUAGAAGUCAGUCUGCUGAAGAUUACCUCAAAACCUUUAUGGAAACAGAAGUGAAACCACUUUGGCCUAAAGGCUGGAUGCAGGCAAGGAUGCUUUUUAAAGAAAGCCGAAGUGUUCACAAUCACCUCACUUCUGCUCCGGCAAAGAAGAAGGUGAUUCUGGCCCCUAAACCCAAAGUGAAGGACUCCAGUCCAAAGAAAGAACAGAAAACCUGUAUGUCUUCAGUCAAUUCAGGUUGUGCUACUGUACUGAGUUCCAGCACACCUGUUUGCACCCCAGCCAGCUCUAGCUGCACACCAGCUCCAGAGACGAUCUGCUUGGAUGACUCACUGGAUGAAGACCUUUCUUUCCACCCACCCUCACUGGACUCUAUUUCUGACGCUCUGGCAGUUAUCAAUAAUGGUGCCAAGGGAUCACCUCUUGGGUCCACCAUAGACACACCAACAUCCAGACCUCGUCCUGGGCUGAGGGAAGAGAAACUAGCAAGCAUUAUGAGUAAGUUGCCCCUGGCAACUUCAAAGAAAGUAGAGCCCAGUCAAACAGCCCAUUCAUCAAGUCUUAUUGCUGGUCACACAGGGCCGGUACCAAAGAAACCCCAGGACCUAGUUCACACUGGUAUCUCUUCAGGCCUUAUUGCUGGAUCUUCAAUUCAAAAUCCUAAGGUUUCCUUAGAGCCUUUGCCAGCCAAACUACUUCAACAAGGAUUACAGAGGUCAAGCCAGAUCCAAGCUGCUUCCUCCUCUUCACAGACUCACGUUUCUUCCUCUAAGACCCAAGCAGCUAUUUCCACCUCCUCUCAAAGAACCAAGGAUGCUAGUAUCUUGGUAUCAUCUUCUGAGGCUCAAGGUGGUUCUUCCUCAACAUCACAAAUGACAAAGGUGCACCAGCAUUCCGCUGUACAGCAGAAAUAUGUAUCUCCUUUACAAGCAACUAUUAGUAAAUCACAGACCAAUCCAGUGGUGAAACUGAGUAGUAAUCCCAAACUGUCUUGCUCAUCACCAGUCAUCAAGGCUCAAGAUAAGUCUGUAGUAUAUCGCCUGCCUUUGUCUAAUCCCUCAUCUGGAAGUGGCUCUCAAGUGUCUCACCCACUGGUUUCUCGGACAACAUCCAGCACCUCUACCUCUAGUAACUAUUUAGCCAAGGCUAUGGUGUCACAAGUUUCUUCCCAGGGUUUCAAGCCUCCCUUCUCCAUGGCUGCCUCUCCCAAACCUGCUGCCUCUCCCAAGCCCACUGCAUCUAAGCCCUCUGUGACACCCAAGCCCAAUGCAUCACCUAAAUUUUCAUCCAAGUCCACCUCAUCCCCCAGGCCUGCAGCAACACCCAGUUCUUCCAGUUCAAGUGCACUAGUUUCCCAGAGCAGUCACUCCAGCAACAACCCCCUUCACAAACAGACCAGUGGUGUAAAUAUCAGCAGGCAGUCUCCCACAAUGAAUUUGCUGCCCUCUAAUCGCACCUCAGGCCUUCAGCCUGCAAAGAACCCUCAGGCUUCUUCAAAAUUGCCCAACUCUUCUCCUUCUGGAACUGUUGGUAAAAAUAAUUUGGGUGGAGUUGGAAUGAAUGUACCUGCCAGCAGAGGCAGUAACCUUAACUCAAGUGGAGCUAGUAGGACUAGUCUGUCUGGGGGAGCAGGAAGUGGAACACAGGGUGCUACUAAACAAUUGUCAACUCCACACAGACCAUCUUCUGCCUCAGGGUCUCCAGUUGUAGCGGCCAGUGUGCAGUCAACAGCAGGAGCAUCAUUACUGGCUAACGCCUCACCUCUGACUCUCAUGGCAUCACCCCUGUCUGUAACCAGUCAGAAUGUGACGUCUGCACCAUUAACUCCGUUUGGGAUGCUGGGUGGCCUUGUUCCUGUGACCGUGCCCUUCCAGUUUCCCUUGGAGCUGCUUGGCUUUGGGACGGACACAGCUGGAGUGACAACCACCUCGGGAUCUACCUCAGCGGCUUUCCACCACAGCCUAACUCAGAACCUACUGAAGGGUUUACAGCCAGGUGCUCAGCACGCAGCAACGCUGUCUCACUCACCUCUGCCUGCUCACUUGCAGCAAGCUUACACAGAUGGAGGCCAAAGUAAAGGGGACACUAAGCUACAGCGGAAAAACCAGUGACUUCUGGACAAGCAAGGGAGCUGAAGCAGUUCUGGUUGGCUGACAGAAUCUGCCCAGUUGGGAAAGUGCUUAUUGUCACAGGGCUGCUGUUUCUGUCGAUGUUUACAUAUUCUGAUCCCAAGCACUGUGGUGAGAGGAAGAAGAAAAAGAAAACAAUACUUGAUCAAAGAGAGAAGGAAAAGGAGGACUGGUCCUCCUGGUCAUGCAGACUGGUCAUAGUUUGAUCUUGCCUAAAGAAACAAGCUUUUUUUUAUCUGCUCUGAUUGGCUUUUAAAAAAAAUUGAUCGUCAAACCCACAGCAGCACAAACUCUUUUUUUUUUCCUCCAGGUGAUAUCCAGUGAAGAGUUGAAAGUCUGAGAGGAGCUAGAAUAGGUUUCUCCAUCCAUUGUGUAAGGUGGAAUCAUCUGCUUCAUUAGUGCCCAAAGUGCCCAGUACAAGAUUGUGUAUAGGUCCUGAGUGUACUAUAUGGUUGUGGACCAAAGCUUAUGUAGAGUAGAGGUGGUGCUGGGAUACUUUGUAUUAUAAUUAAACCCUUACACAAAUGCAGUUUCUGAUGCGGGCAUUUUUCCAGCUUUACGAGGCUGUUUGGCUUUAGGGAGCCUCCAGAUGUAUGCAGUAUCAUUAGAGAGUUGUCUUCAAAAACACUCCUGGUACAUCACGAUGUGAGACACAGACUACUGGGAAAUCCCUUGCUCCUUGUUUGAUAUAUUUUUUUUAAUAUAAAGAUUCUUAUUUAAGGGAGGAAGGGGAUGGAAAUUUUUCCACUUACAUGAAAAGGAAACCUACAUUUUAUUGGUCAGACUAGCAUUUCUUUCCCACAUCUUUUUUUAAAGCACACUGAUUUUUCAGUCCUUCCAUUUGUUAAACUUUCUUUUCGUUUGCCUUGUGCUUAUCUGCUGCUGAAAUUAAGUAAUGUUCUAUUCAUGACUUUUAUAAAAUACAACCAGUUCUUUACCCCUUCUUAGAUCUUCCUCAUCUUUCAUCUAACUCCUCCCAAAAGCCAUGCAUUAAACUGAUUUGCUAGUUAAAGAAAGCUGAUUGCGACCUAUUCCAGAGCCAGGUUAAUACUGCUUCAGGCAUUAGCCAAAGAGGAGUCGUUCAAAAGCGACCAGAGGUGCCUUCUCUUCUGGGGGCAGAAUGGGUUGUCUCCAGCAUUUCCAGCCCCUGCUAGCCUGGGGAGUUCCUGACCUGAACUUUUCCUUACAUGGUAGCACAAGACUGCAAAGCUGGCUUUUUCCUUUUUCUUUUGGGAUAGCAAUACAUCGACUGGUUCAUUUUUAAGGUUAGGAGGUAUCCAGCACACAUUGCACUUUCGACACUAGGAUGGAACUUUGCUGUUGAGUCCCUUGCGCUGUCAGAUAAAAGGUGAGAAUGGCAGAAAUGGAAAUAAAUCAUAGGGGAAAGGAGCAAAUAAAAUAACAUGAUGCCCUUCUCCUUCAACCCCAAAACAUUCCUUUGAUCAGAGAUGCUGAAAUUCCUAGUAGCUAGUCUUUCCAGUAAUUUGAUUUGAGAUUGAACCAGUGACUACUGGUUAUCUCACACCUUCCAGAGAGACUUUGACUCAUGGAUAAUGCAUCUUCAAUGUUUUUUGCUAGAUUAACUUAUAGCUUUCAGGUUUCUUUUACAUGUGAUUUAUUUUUCUUAGACCAGACAACAAUUUCUUUUCUAUUUAGAGCUCAUUUUAAUUUUAUAUAAAUAUAUAUACGUGAAUUUAAAAUAAUAUAUAUUGUGUAUUUAGUAUAAAAAUGUUGGGUUGAGCUCAGCAAUAAAUGUUUUUGCACAACACUUCUGUGAAAGACAGAUUGAAUUAAAAUAAGAUGCAUUAGUUUGUUAAUUUCACUCCACAGCAUCUGCCAAUUAAAUGCUUUUUAGCUAGUGCUAAUGCUUUGUAUGUGGUGUGUUGAUUAGAUAAGCUUGCACCUCCAUCAUCAAGGUUAUUUAGAGUUGAAACAUACAGCUAUGUAGACUCUGGCAUUCUUAAUACUGUGCAAAUUCUGUCAAAAUACCAUAAACUAUUUAGAAUGCAAGCUUUAUCUGAUUUUUUUUCUUGUUUCUCCAGGAAGGGUUGAAGGAAGACAACUUUUGUUUUUUGAGGCCUAAGUUCUGGCAGGAUGCUGAUUGUCUGAACUGUGUCAAACCUGAUGCUUUUUAACAAUGCAUGUAGCUAAGGGAGUUGCAGCAGUAAGCCAUCAGGCAGCAAUAUAUUUAAAAGACCCUGUCCUAAGAGAGUUCUACCUCUUCUAUGUUUUCUUCAUCAAGGCAUCUCAUUCAAAUUGCCAUCUUUUGUCUUCAUACUUAAUGAAAUUUUAGACUGGGAGCCCUUUAACCACAGCACAAAUUUCCUUUCAACAUUCCUCUCUUCCUGGAAGUAUGCCUCCUCUCCAGUUGAGGAGUAUCCUCUGUAAAUCUUACGGAGGGUAGGAGUAGUCCUGUCUGUGUGGCCUAUUGAGUUUCUCAGUCUUGGGAAACAAGUAAACCAAUACUUACUAUGGAAAUAGGUAGUAGGUGAUGAGAAUGAAGUUGACCAUACAUUGUUCAUUAAGCCAGUUCAAACAGCCCCCCCCGAGGGUAACUGUUUUCAGUCAUUACACUCCUGAGCUUUUUUGGAAUUAGCAACAUAGCAAUGAAAGGGUCUACAUUCCCUGUUUUCCCUGGUUAAACCCAGCAAGGCCAAAUCAAAGGAAAUAAUAGGGUGGCUCCCAGAGACCUUUGCAGGUAGCAUAAACAGGAUGGGGAAGUAAAAGAUCUCUUGCAACAUCCAAAUGCAAAAUUAGGUUAAUGUUUUACUCUUUUGUGCACAGCAGCUCUUCAAAAGACAUUUCCCCCCAGGUUUUUACUACUUUUUAAGGGCCUUUGUUAAUAAAUAAACUGUAGUUGUACAUACUAAAUAACCCUCAGUAUUCACAAGCAAUAAGAAAGCCAAGUAGAGCUGUCUUUUCUAGGCAGCAGGGCUGAACUUGGUUUGGGGACUGUAUAUGAGCUAACAUGUCAAGCUCACUGAAAGCUCCAAACAAAUGCAAGCAAUAAUUUCAAACACAGGUUUUUAGAUGUUAAAACCAUCUGCGUAAUAUUUUCUGCUACAUGAUCCAAAGUCCCAAAAGUCCUGGUAGCUAUUUUAAAUCCUUUUGAGACACUUGCAAAGAAAGAAGGCAGGCUAGAGGUAACACAGGCUGCAAAGUUUCCUGAUACCUUGGACUAUAACUGCAGUGUUCUCCCACUCCAAGAUGCAAAUGGCCUACAUCACUUUGUCCAGCCUUCUCUGUUGAUUUGAGAUACAUGACUAAUAGUGAUGAACUAAGUCACAAGUGUGGAUGCUGUGGGUUUCACAUCUGUUUUCUGCUAAUCAGAAGUAACUUUUAAUUACCUGGGUUCUGCUUCUUGUUUGAAUCCGAUCAAAGUUGUCUGAUGCACAGAUUUGGGGGUGGGACAGGUGCCAAGAGCCUGUUUCCUUCCCAGUGUCCCAUCACCUGACCCUUCCUCCACACUCCUUCUCCACUUGGUGCAAGACCCUUGAGGACAUGAAAACAGAGAAAUCCUGCAACUCUCCCAAGCUGCCAUCAUUUGUGUGAACCAUUAACCCUCUGGGAGUCAUCUUGGACUCCAACUAACUUUAUCACAUUUGCUGCUACAUUCAUAAAAAGAACUUUUGGCUGUAUUUAUUAGCAAAUUUUAAUCUAGUUUACAGUUUGUUUGGUUUUCUUUUGAGUAGUUUUUUCCCACAGAUGGGUUAGAAGUGUUGGGGUGUUUGGCUUCUUGGUUUGGUUGGUUUUUUUGUUUGGUUUUUUUUUUUUGAGUGAAUUGGUGAAGGCACAGUGGUCCCUCUUCUGCUUUUGUUUUGGACUUCUUUGAAGAUGGCAUUGCAGGGAAGACCUGCAGCCAAGACAAGCUGUGGAAAGCUUCCUCCCACACCUAACUUCUGCAGAAUCAGGAGGAAAUCAUUAAAGGGACACUUGCUUUUUGUUUGGGUUUUUUUUCUCCAUAAAAUGAACCAGAAGGUAAAAGCAGUAGGUAAAUGACUGAUUAAUUAACACUUUAUGCAAUUUUAAUUUUAUAGAAAUUAAAAAAAAGGUUGGUAGGUUUUGAUUGGUCCUAGCUCUGGUGAAAUGGCUGUUACCCUCCAUGACUUACUUGAUUCAGGCCUUUGUCCUUUGUUUAAGUGCCUUUUUUUUUUUAAUUUUUAAUUUUAUUUCCCUACCCUUUAAACUGUUCUCAGAGAUCCUGAAGUGCUGGAAAGCAUUUUGGAGGAAAAUCUUAAGCUUGCCAAGAUGGCUUUAUGCUGUUAUACUAUUUUUUCCCUUUUGUAAAGAAAAAAGUGUGUAAUGUGUGUAACUUCAUAGCUGCUGUACCAUGGCGCUGGUUCUGUGUGCUUGUGUGUUCUUUCUCUCACACUAACCCACGUGCACACACACACACAUACACAGCAAUAUUCCUGAGAAACCUGUUUAUCAUCCUACAUUCUGCUGGCUCUGUUAAAUACUUAAAGGUGAACGUUUGUGCAAAGAUGGCAGUACAAUAAAAGAGUGUGUGUGUGUGAGUGCGCGUAAAUGUGCAUGAGAGAAAGGAAGUAGCUAACGGGAAUGAAACUUCUUGCAUUUUUCUCAGAAGGUUUUUAAUUUGGAUCUUAAUUAGGUCACGAGUAAAAACAUCAUAGGCCCUGUUUGGCAACCUUAUUAAAUACUGGACUACUUCACACAAUUGCUGAGCCUGAGGCAAAGACAUGUGGCUGACAACCCCAAGGAGGUGGUGGGGAAAGAAGGUUAAAAGAGCAGCUUGUAACAAGCUUGUGUUGCGGUGAAUUGCAAGGGAUCUUGUGUGUGGUUAGUCCCAUCUGCCUGAUGCCCAUUAUUGCAAGGAUUCUCGAGUUUACCAAAGUUGUCACUUUCUACCAUGCAUCAUACGUAAGAAGGAAUUCAGUAAAACCUCUUAAGAGUGCAGUUGCUUAUUGAAGUUAAACCUGGCUACGCUUCACAUGCUGCCUAAAUCAUUCACCAUGAAGUACUUUUCUAGUUGUACUUUUUCUCAAUUUAUUGAGAUUUCAUUAAUGGUUUGGUCUCUUAAUAUAAUGAACAGUAAGUUCAUGUGGUGGUAGCUGCAAGUGAACCCUCUUACUCUAGUGUCUGUGCUUGUUCCCUUGUCCUCUGACAAAAUUAGCAAUCUGCAAUAGAUCAUCUAGUGAUUUUAACAAUUCUGUGCCGAGGAUCUAACUUAUGAUUAUUAUAAACAUGCAUACCUGAAAUUAGCAAUUCACUUGUUGACCAAGUGCUAAACUUAAGGUAACAUAACAUAUGCAUCAUUAGACCGUGCUAGUUCUGUGAUGUGCUUCCCCUGGGGAAGAUCUAAUUUUGAGUUGCAAUAUGAAAAGGAAGUAUUUACUUUCCAGAACAGAAGAGUCCUUCAUAAGUGGAGAACCCAUCUAGAGAGCAGAAAAUAAGAUAUCAAAUACAACAUGUUCCUGUGACAGAUAAUAGCCUAACUGCUAUUUCAGUUCUUGGUGUUUGAGUGAACCCGUUUAUGUAGACUAGGCCAUAGGUGGAUUUCUUCUACCAAUCUAAUGGUGCCAGUCAAGGAUAGGACUAUUGCUGGUAGCUCAGCCACUUGGAGUGAUAGUGAGGGUGAUGCUUAAUCUGCCUUAGGUGCGUUAGUGAAGUUACUUCAGUGGAGUUUGCCACAUCCACCUGUGGCAGUAAACUGACCUAACCUGGCUCCUCUGCUGCUGUUUAAUUAGUUUUGGGCACACAUGCUUUUUAUCCUAGGCUGAUCUGUGAGAUAGGGAAUCUGUAGCUGGUGAUGAUGGUUGACUGUUGCAGUCUUUUUUUAACAAAUGCAGCUGUUGUGAAAAUCUUUUGUCUGUCUACUGCUUAAGAAAUCACUGCCAAAAUAAGCAGCCAGAAGUAUGCUUACUGGGCCACUGAAAGAUAACUGUUAUGUAGGGGAAUGCUUUGUUUGUGGAAACUUCUGGUGUGGUGUCAUCAUCCUUUUUCUAUGACCUGGUGAUCCCUUGCUGCUGUAAUAGCCUUUUGGGGCCAUAGAAAGCCCUGCUGCUGCUAUGAGUUAUGCUGAGAGAUCAGCAUGGCCUGGAACUGGCCCAAAACUGGGGAAGUACAAAGAUUCCCUACAGCUGUUUUUGCACACUCCUCAUAAGUAAAACUGUGCUAAUCUUGUCAGUAGUCAAGGAUAUAGGUCUGUAUUUUGUAGCCAUUUUUGACAGCUAUAAUUCUACAAAGCAACUCUGGAAAAAACAAAUACAUGUUUUGUAUCUAGAAGUGAAUUUCAGUCUCUUCCCUUGAUGUCAUCUCCUGCUUAUAUAAUAACCAUUAACUAGUAAGUUUUUCUUUAUGGUGAAGUAAUCCAAAGCAAGUAGUGUACGCUGUUUGACUCCUAUUGUACUCAAUACUGAGGGGUUUUGUUGGGUUUGGUUUUGGGGGGUUUUGGGGUUUGUUUUGUUUUUGGCGGGUUGGUUUGGUGGUUUUUGGUUUUGUUUUGGUUCCCCCCACUCCCCCCCCAGCAGAGCGUGCAGAUGUAUUUUAUCAACAGAUAGUUAUGUUUGUUACUGUCUAGUACCAAGAGAAAAAGGGAGGGAGAGAAUCAACCAAAACCAGUCAGGAGAUACCACCAUCACAGGCCAAACCAAGUAGCUGCUGAGGCAGCCAGAGCUGCUGUGAGACUUACCAGAUUUCACCAGAGGAGUGGGGGAAGAAACUUUUGUGUUCUCAGCUUUUUCCAGCUAAGGCCUUAGUUUGAUUAGUAGUCACUAAUAUCAACUAUGCAGAUAAGUAUUUACGUGUUUCAGUGUUACAUGCGUUCCUUCCCCCAGCUACCCCUCUUAAGACAUGUUGAAGUUUUACCCAAAGAAAAUGGAAUAUUUUUUGAAUGUCUGUACUGCAGAAGUCUUUUUUGCUAACAUGAAGAAAGAAAUUUGUAUUUUAAAAAAGAAACCCUUUCACUGGUGCAACACCUAGUGUUAAGUGUCAUGAAGUUGCUUCGAGAGGGAAGCUAAAAUCACCUCUUGUGACAGGUUUUAAUCUGAGAGUUUUUUAGAAUAUUCAGCUCUCAGAAUUGGUUUAAGAAGCUGGAGCAAUGUUUUUAAUGUACAGAUUGGAUUUGGGGAGAAACUAAUGAGACAUCCCAGGUUUCCUUCCAGUAUCUGAAGUGAAUUAAAUCAAUUUCUCACUUAAAUGAAGUUGCUUCUAAACGGGGAGUUAUCGGCUACACAGUAGCUGCAUGUUUAAAUAAAACCUAAAUCGCAAUCCCCAGGUAUUUCUCACUGAUCUUUUAGUCUUGGUGUAUGUAACUACAAAUAACAAUUUAGCUCAGAGGUGAGAACUGUAGUGUGUGUUUUAUGCCGGUGAUUCCAUCAUGUAGCAAUUAGUACCAUGUUCUUGCAUAGUUCUCAAGAUCCAUACUGGAAAUAGAUGGAGAAAUUUUCUUUUUGGACUACUCUUUAAAAAAAUUGCAACAUUAACUACUAUUUUUUACCCCCAAAAGUCUACUGAGCAGCGUUAUAUUUUAGCAGUUAAACUAGUACCCUUGUUACGUGAUUUGUCUCUUAUAGUCUUCUUUUACUGAGGGUUAGAAGCGUUUCAUGAGUAAUCAUUAAAAUGUUGGCAUUCUCUAGCUUAAAGCCAGGUGCUUAUAAUAAAAGUGCAUCUGUGAUAACUUCUGAUGAUAAAAACACACUAUGUUCAGAAUAUUUCAUUGGGAAAAAAACCAAGUGUGGGUGCAAGUCCCUUUAGUUCUGCCUGAUAAAGAGGCUCAGUCAAGAACAGAGCGUCCAAAUAACUGCCUGCACAGCUAAUGUUAGUGGGGAUCCUCCCCUCAACAGAGGUUCAGCCUCAGUAGCCUUUAUUUGGUGUCACAUUUAGAGUGUGUGUAUAUAUAUAUUUUAGCAAGUUUGGAUAUAGCCAGCUUGACUCUACCUGACUUGCUGUGAUCCCCAAGACAAUGAAAGGCUGAGAAACAGAUGGACAAAGUAUUUACCACUUUUCACUAGGUAGCUCAGAACAAACAGCUGGCCAAGUGUUUUGUUAUAAACAAAUGUUAAAUCACAGCUAGAAUUCUUUGCAUUCCUCAGCUUCAAACAAAGGAGUGUGCAGUUACUAUGAGAUGGCAAACCUGUUUGAGUUGGUGAUUCCUGUGAUGCUUUACUCAGUCCAGCACGAAUUUGUUACAAGGUCACCUUCCUCCUUUUAAUACUCACAUAUUUCAGAUCAUAGGGCUUAGUGAUGGAGAGAGGAUCCCAACAGCUGUGUACUUUUACCUGAUGAGCUCUCCAGAGAAACUCUGCUGUGAAAUGCUCCCCUCUUGUGACAACAAGCCUGAACAACCAAAUGCAGCUACAUUUGCGUGGUUAGCACCACGUUCUUUUGGAUUUUUAGGGAGAUGUGUUCCAAUAACUUCAAGGGGUACUGUGUUCUAAGUGUGUGAUUUGUUUCCGUAUAAAACUGGACCUGAACACAAGUUUUGAGUUGUUGGGGUUGGUUGGUUGGUUUGGUUUUUUUUUUUUGGUAAUAAUCUCAGGACCUGAAAGAUUGUAGCAUUUAGUGUGUCUUAAAAAUGAUGUACUGUACCAGCCAUGGAUUUUGUAAAUACACCUGUCUCCCUUUUUUGUAUUUUAAUUUUUUUAAAAGUGUGUAAGGCUCUUUGCCAGAGGAACUGGUGCCUGCUCAAUUUCGAUCCUGAACUGAAGCAGGAAAAGGAAGAAGCUGCUGCCGCAAAAGCCCGCAUCAGUUCCGAAUGUGUAUAUUGUUGUGGUCAGUUUAAUGGCUGUUAGUCUUUUGUUAGUUGGGAAGCUGGUUUGUUCCCCUGCACAUUCCCAGUUGUGGCUAGCAAAGCCCUAUCAGGGAGACUAAUUUUAACUCUCUUCUCUGUGACUACUUGAUGUUUUCACUCCUUCUGGAUACUCAGGUUUGAUAUCCCUGAGAAGUCUGAUCUUUCAGCAGUCAGGACUGUUGGCCCUCUGCAAGAAUAGCUGGAGAGCAUUUCUCAUUUUAUCAGUGCUUUGGUCCAAACACCGUAAUAUGGUUUGUAUCCUGCGAACCUUGCAGAUAACACUGCCUCCACCUGUUCUGAGAGGAACUUGCCCUUUUAUUUUCUGCUUUCCUGAAAGGAGUGCAAAGAUUUAUUUUUUUUUUUAUUUCUUUGGGCAGCAGACUUUGCUCUGGGAUCCAACCUUGCCAGCAGACCCCUGUUCUGCAGUAGGAGCCUUACUCAAUUUGGCGUAGCUGUUCCCUGUCCCUAACUGCGACAGGCUUUUUUCAUGAGUGUACUUUUUUUUAAUGUCAUGUGUCUGUGCUGUAUUAAAUAAAGAGGAAUGUACAUAUUA